CAUUAUAUCCAAUCACAGCUCAACAACACCAACUUCAUCACUUCCUUUUAUUCUUGGGGGUUCCUCUCUGUUAGAAAAACUUGGCAAAGUUUGUUUAGAUUCAUUUCUUGAAGCUUGGUCACUUGCUUUUCAGCUUGCAUAGAAGCUCUUUCCUAUUUGGGAUCCUAUCAUUUUUUUAAGCCGAGUUGGUUUAUUUUUUAUUAUUAUUAUUAUUAUUUCUUCUCUUUUUCUUUUCCUUUUCCUUGUUGCAUAGACAGGGAAAAGGGAGAAAGAACUCUUUUUUUCCCCUUCUUUACCAUUAGUUGCUCAUGAACUGUUGACUUUUCUGCUAUUUCCUAAUUUGGUUUUUACAUUCAUUAUUUGGCUUCUCUCUUUGUUUUCCCAAUUGGGUUAAGCUUAAGUUCAAGCUGCAGAAGAAGCAUAACUAAAAGUUCCACUUUUUUUUUUCUGGGUUAUUGUUUUUCUGUCCUAGUAUCUGAGAGGGAAGUUCAUUGGGUUUAGAUCUUACAAGUGGUUUAAGAGUUAUCUUUUAAGAAUUUAGACCAAUUGGGUAAUAGAUAAUAGUCUUCAUUCAUCAUCAAUUUGGAGCAUUCUCUGUGAUUUUUUUCUGAUCAAGUGGGUCUAUUCUAGAUUCCUGAGGAGUCUCCUACUCAUAGAAAAAGGUAUUCUGAUUCUUUUUCAAAAUGCUUGAGGAUCUAUCCGUCAUAUUUUUUGGGUAAAAGUAAAACCUUCAUCUCUGCUCUCAUUUUUCUCUGCUUUAUCCUUUUCCGUUUCCACCCAUCAAGUUUCAAUCUUUCCUAUUGUAUGAGGCAAUAGUUUUUUCUAGCAAAUUUGAUUAGAUGAAGUGGGAAAUGGUAACCCUCUCUCCUGCACCUUGUACUUCUUCCAACUCCAACUCCAACUCCAAUUGGAUUGUGGAAGAUAACAGGUGCACAAAAUGGACCCACGAAGAGAACAAACUGUUUGAAAAUGCUCUUGCAGUGCAUGAUAAGGACACACCCGAUCGGUGGCACAAAGUCGCUGAAAUGAUUCCAGGGAAGACAGAAGUUGACGUUAUCAGACAGUAUAAGAAGUUAGAGGUAGAUGUUAGCAAUAUAGAAGCUGGGUUGAUCCCGGUUCCUGGAUAUAGUACUGCUACCUCACCCUUCACCUUGGACUGGGUCAACACUCCUGGUUACGAUGGAUUCAAAGGAAGUGGAAAGAGAUCUUCCUCAGUUAGACCUCCUGAACAGGAAAGGAAGAAAGGAGUGCCAUGGACUGAAGAGGAACAUAAAUUGUUUCUACUGGGUUUGAAGAAGUAUGGAAAAGGUGAUUGGAGAAAUAUUUCACGCAAUUUUGUUAUUACUAGAACUCCAACUCAAGUGGCUAGCCAUGCUCAGAAAUACUUCAUAAGACAACUUUCAGGAGGCAAAGACAAGAGAAGGGCUAGUAUCCAUGACAUAACAACAGUGAAUCUUGCAGAAACCAGCACAACUUCUUCAGAAGACACCAAUAGAUCCACUUCACCACAAAUGCUCUCACAGCAGCACCCAAAUUCGACUGCCACUACACAUUUUCAUUGGAAUAAUGAGUCAAACACAGGAGUAGCUAUGACCCUCAAUCCUUCACAUGAAAGAGUUUUCAUGUCUCCUUAUGGUGCUAACUCCUAUGGGGUUAAAAUGCAGGGACAAAAUAUGCACAAGAGUGCUCUUCAUGAGUCGUCUUACUUGGCACCUCAGACACAGAACAUUAUUUUCCAAAUGCAACAGUCCUCACAACACUAAGUCCCAUGCAUUAACGCUUUGUUGUAGUGAAUUAUUAAUGGGUAGAAGCAGAAUCGUGUGUUCAUUUCAAUAAGUACAGUGUUUGAGUUUUUUCCCAAGUUCUAUGUGAAUAUCCUAUGUUAGAAUAUUGGUUAGGUCUUGGAAUAUGAACUUGAAGGAAGGUACAGACAUUUGUUUCUUUUACAAAUAAAAACUACCUGAAAGGCGAGGCAAACAAGUCCCUAAUGUUGGGUCUUGGUUGGUUUUUCUAUGUUGCUUUAGAAUAAUGGAUUUCAAGCCAUGUGUAUAAUGGAAUGUCAACUUAGAAGAAAACAGGCACUUUACUUAAAUUUGAAAAGUAGCAAGGCAUAUAUGUA